CAUCUUAAUUUAUUAGCCCACAAGAAGAACGAGAACCAUAGAUGAGCAAGUAAGAGAUCAGCCAGAGUUCUGAACGUGUGGGACUUAGAACGAAGGCCUUGUCAUGAAAGGGACAGUGGGACUAUAUUUGUGGGCUUGCAUUCUGGGAUACGUCACGUGGGGAGGAGCUGCACUACCGACAGUCCUGGGUAAAGAUCUUGUCGCUGAGAAUGAUGAACCAGAAUUGGCAGACUGGGUGCAAGGAAAUGAACUACCUUUGAGAAGUCAAUAUUGGGAUGAAGUAGGACAAGUGGAAGAGGAGGGAGAACUUGACAUUAUGUCUCCUGAAUCUAACAAGCGUCAAUAUCCUGGCGGUAAAAGACAGUAUCCAGGGGGAAAACGUCAAUAUCCAGGAGGGAAACGGCAAUACCCAGCUGGUAAGCGUCAGUAUCCAGCCGGUAAAAGACAAUUCGUUGGAGGUGAACUUAUACCAUCACCGGAGCUACGUCAAUGGCCCGGUGGCAAACGUCAGUGGCCAGGUGGUAAACGUCAGUGGCCCGGUGGUAAACGUCAAUGGCCAGGAGGUAAGCGUCAAUGGCCAGGCGGUAAGCGUCAAUGGCCCGAAGUUAAAAGGCAAUACCCUGGUGGAAAACGGUCAGAAAGCGAUCAAGACCUUCUAACCAUGGAACUUCGACAGUACCCAGGAGGUAAACGCCAGUGGCCAGGGGGCAAGCGACAGUAUCCUGCAGGGAAAAGGCAAUACCCAGGUGGCAAGCGACAAUUUCCGGGUGGAAAGCGCCAAUUUCUUGGUGGUGAACCACUUGAACAAGAAUCAAACAUCAACAAGAGAUUUGCUCCUGAAGACGAUACUAUGGACCUCGUUAGGCUAUCUCAAUUAUAUGGCACGAACAAUGAUGUGGUGACAGAUGAGAGAGAGCUUGCUCUGGAAGACCUCUUGGAUGAAAUCAUGGUUGACACUAGGCCAGAAAUUGAUGAUUCGAGGGAUAUCUUACUAGGCAAUCUUGAUCAAGAUGAUGCUCUUGCUUUAGAUUUAUCAGCUUUACUUGCAGGGUGGUAACAUCACUGAUCGAAGAAACCGGCUUCUGUCUCACUGUUGGUCUUUUAACAUAAUAUUUUCGAAAAAGAAAACAUGAGAAAAAAAUACACUUUACACAGAACCACCCACAGGCUAGCUAUGCUUAAUUCAUUAUUUCACCAUAUUACAGUCAGUAAAUACGUCUCUUUAAACAUAGUAAGGAUUUUGUAAGUUUGAUUUAUGAAUCAAAGUAAAUUAACAAAGCUAUUUCUCAAGUAGUUAAGGUAGGCAUUGCCUUUGGAAAGUCAAUUAUAAAUUUGGUUUUUAUUCAAAUAAGAGGAGUAUAUAUCGAAAGGUACCUUUUUCUAGGAAGAUGUGGAUGGUCAGAGAUAUUACUGUUACUACUACUACGACUACUACUUCUCUCUCUCUCCCGUUCUCUGCAGUAUAUCGUACAUACAUGUAUAUAACGUAAGGAAAUGGUCGCAGAGGUGAGAAAUUAAUCGAGAUAAGAUUUUCAUUUACAUGUAAAUUCGCAUGUAGCGAAUACUGAUAGUAUUAUGGUAUGGAAGGAAGAACCCCAAACACUACACAUUUUUGUUCAAAUUUGUGUUUUCAUAUCAUGGUUGUAAAUAUGAGCAAAUGGCAAUGUUGUGUUCGUUUUAAAGAUAGUGUUAAGUUUUCUAUGAUAUUAUUCUCCGAAUUUUUGUCGAAAGUUGUGUGAAGUCAAUAUCAACAAUUAGAGAUGAUUAAAUCAACCCACACCACUCUGCCCUAUACAACACUAAAAUCCGUCCUAUUAGAUUAACAACAUAGACAAACAUUACGUUCAUUCUAUUUUUUUUUACAGCGUACUGAUCCUGAUGUUGUAAAGCUCAUUCUUGCUUGUUCCAAGCCGAUUUUUUUUAAAAACACGAACUUCAUGAAAAGUUUCAAAACUGGUAACAACUACACUACUCUGACAAUGGAUGAAACAUGCUUUAGUCAAAUUAAGAGUAUAUUAUCUUAGCACUCCUUAAUUAUACAAAGUCAAAAUAUAUCUUAGCACCAUAUCGGCUUUGAAACACAUUUCUCGUAUCCUCACUUUCAAUCAAAU